CUUUACCAGCAGUUAGCCUCUUUUAGCCAACCACCAGCUGCAGUUUUAUGGGCAGCAAAAUUUUCCUCUUUUCCUUUUGGAUGGUCCAUAAGAGGGUAAUUCUCUGUAAAUGAGACCAAUUCAACAAUUCAAUGCUAUGACACAUAGAACAUAUAUAGUUGAAUAUAUGGUAGAAGUAAUAACAAAUGUUCACGAUUGCGGAAUUUCUAGAAAAUUUGUACAUAGUCAUUUUAUUACCAAAAGUUCACCAAUCUUUUAAAAUUGAAUGCAGUCUCUCCAGGUGAUGGACAUAUUAUUCUUCAGUUUGCUUCUUCUAAAAUCAAAUUCCCUAGUUCCAAAUCUACAAUUAUUCUUAGAGUGACAUACCUCAUCAAGGGAAGUGAACUACUUGUAUGGUACAUACCUAGAAGGCGGCAUUCUAGAUGCCUUUUUUUUUCCUUCUUCAAACAUUUCUCCUUUUCACAUUCUUCAAACACCUGGUCUCUGCUGGUAGGAUGGUAGUUGUGCUAACUUCAUAAUAUAAUAGUCCUUCAUUAAUAUAAUCAAGGGGAGCCAUUGUUUUCAAGUUUUGACACAUACCAGGAGACUACAUCUAAUCCCUUCACCAUUACAAUUUUCAAUUAUUAAUAGCUAUAAGAGUAUCUCCAAAGCCUCCCUUGGACUAAUUUCCAUUGAUAGAAGCUUAGCAUAGGAAUUGAAAUGUUUGAGAUUAACCGCGCUGGAGCCUUUCUGUUUCUCUUAGUCUCAACUUUUUGGCUAGUUAGCUCCAUCCAUGCCCAACCAACCUAUGUUUCCCACAGUUUUUCACGUCCAAAUAAUGCCUCAGACAACGCCAAUUAUGAAAAUAAUCUCACUGCCCUCUUGGAUUCUCUGUCUUCUAAAGCUUCCCUCUACAACUUCUAUAAUGACUCUGCUAAUCAAAUAUACAGCCUCUAUCUCUGCAGAGGCGAUGUUAACGCUACUACCUGCCAGAAUUGUGUGAGAACUGCAAGUCAAGAAGUCCAACAGCAAUGUCAGUCUAACAGAACUGCAAUCAUAUGGUAUGAUGAAUGCAAGUUACGCUACUCUAGUGAAAACUUCUUUGGAAUUGCAGCUACUUCUCCAUACUUCUUACUAUGGAAUACUAGGAACAAUAGUUCACCAGAUGAAAGGGAUGUUGGAGGUCUAGCUUUUAUCUAUACUUUAGUGUCAAAAGCUCCAAAUUGGGAAAAUAUGUUUGGGACGGAUGUUGCAGAGGCUAUGAAUAAUGCAUCUCAGAAUAUAUAUGGGUUGGUGCAGUGUACUAGAGAUAUAAGUAAUGAUGAAUGCAGAAGCUGUUUGCUGCAGCAGAUAGAGGAGAUUGAGGGGUGUUUCCAGGGGAAGAUAGGAUGGAAUAUUGUGGGCCCAAGUUGCAAUAUGAGGUAUGAACAAUACCUCUUUUACCAGCAACCUUUGGCUCCAUCAACCCCUGCUUCACAGCCAAUGCCUGAUGACAACCCAGGUGAGUUAAAUGUUAUAAUUACUGACUAUUUUGAGGAGCACGUAAGUGAAGAAAUUCUUUUACAUCAUUCAACUGCUGCCACACACUUCAUGGAGGGACAUAUUCAUGAAAGGGAUCAAGAUAACAGUGGGGAAUUGCAUUGCUUCAAUUUAACUACCAUAUUGACUGCUACAAACAACUUUUCUGAUGCCAAUAAGCUUGGAGAGGGAGGUUUUGGCCCAGUCUACAAGGGUAAGCUGCUUAAUGGGAAGGAGAUGGCAGUCAAAAGGCUUUCAAGGAAAUCAGGGCAAGGUCUUGAAGAGUUCAAGAAUGAAGUUAUGUUAAUUGUUAAACUUCAACACAAGAAUCUUGUGAGGCUGCUGGGUUGCUGCAUAGAGAGAGAGGAAAAGCUCCUUGUCUACGAAUACAUGGCCAACACUAGUCUUGAUGCCUUUUUAUUUGAUCCAAUAAAAAGUAGGCAACUAGACUGGGCCAAACACGCUGCCAUUGUUGGUGGAAUAGCAAGAGGGAUUCUGUAUCUGCAUGAGGACUCCCGGCUCAAAAUCAUCCAUAGGGAUUUGAAAGCAAGCAACGUUUUGUUGGAUGAAGAGAUGAACCCAAAGAUCUCAGACUUUGGAACUGCUAGGAUUUUUGGCAGUAAUCAGAUUGACGCUUCGAGUCUCACAGUUGCUCCAUCAGUUCUUGAUGGAGACAAUUAUGAAACUUGGGCUAUUAGAAUGACAGUUCAUCUACAAGCACUUGAUGUUUGGGAAGCAGUGGAAGAAAAUUAUGAAGUUCCUCCCCUAGGAGCCAAUCCAACUGUGGCUCAAAUGAAGUUGCAUAAAGAAAGAAGGACAAGAAAGGCUAAAGCGAAAGCUUUCUUGUUUGCUGCAGUUUCACCAUCAAUUUUCAUCAAAAUCAUGAAAAUUGAUUCAGCUGCAGAAAUUUGGGAGUAUCUCAAGGAGGAAUACAAAGGAGAUGAAAGAAUCAAGAACAUGCAGGUGAUGAACUUGAUUCGAGAAUUUGAAAUGAAGAAAAUGAGGGAGUCUGAUGCUGUUAAAGACUAUGCUGCACAACUUCUUUCAAUAGCAGACAAAGUUAGGCUGCUUGGAAAAGAAUUUUCCAAUGAGAAGAUUGUUCAAAAGAUAUUGGUUACACUUCCUGAGAAAUAUGAAGCUACAAUUUCCUCUUUGGAGAAUUCAAAAGAUCUGUCAACUAUUAGCUUGACAGAAUUAUUACAUUCCUUGGAGGCUGUGGAACAAAGAAGACUCAUGAGACAAGGAGAUACUGCAGAAGGAACAUUUCAAGCAAGAAUGCAUAAAAAUGCAGGCCAUAAAAAUGGAAAGGUGAACAACAACAAGUCGUGUGGCAACAACCAGAAAAAUGGAGUUUUUCCACCUUGUCCUCAUUGCAAGAAGACAAAUCAUUCUCCACAAAAAUGUUGGUGGAGACUAGAUGUGAAAUGCAACAAGUGUGGUAAACAAGGACAUGUGGAGAGGAUUUGCAAAAAUCAACAGCAGGAAGAAACUAGUGUAGCAGUUGACUAUUGCCAGGAGGAGCAAUUGUUUGCAACAACGUGUUUUGCUAAUAAAAGCACCUCUAAAAGCUGGCUUGUGGAUAGUGGUUGUACAAACCACAUGACAAAUAAUCAAGAUCUCUUUAGAGAACUUGAUAGAACAAUUAUUUCCAAAGUCAGAAUUGGAAAUGGUGAGUAUAUUCCAGUGAAGGGCAAAGGAACGGUUGCUAUCGAAAGCCAAACAGACGCUAACACAAACAAAGUUGUCGGUACAUUUGGGUACAUGGCACCAGAGUAUGCAAUGGAGGGACUAUUUUCAAUGAAGUCUGAUACCUACAGCUUUGGAGUCCUGUUACUGGAAAUUUUAAGUGGGAAAAAGAACAGUGGCUUCCAUCACCCAGAUCAUUCCCAAAACCUUCUAUCACAUGCAUGGCAGCUAUGGAAUGAAGGCAAGGGACUUGAGUUCAUAGAUCCGAACUUAGUUGACAAUUGUCCUGUAAGUGUGGCUCUCAGAUGGAUCCAUAUCGCAUUAUUGUGUGUUCAGGAAGACCCCAAUGACAGACCCCCCAUGUCAUCGGUUGUUCUCAUGCUUGGAAGUGAGACAGCAAGUCUUCCUACACCAGCAGCUCGCCCAUUCUCUGUGGGAAGAUUUUGCAUCUCUGAUCAAUCUUCAACAACAGGAACCGGAACCGGAACCGGCUUUCUCAAAUUGGAUAAAUCUUCAACCAGUGUUUCUACCUAG